AUGGCGCGGCCUUCUUCACCCCACAACAUGUCCCCACCGGCCUGGUCGAGGCUCCGCUCCAAGGAGUAUACGUACGCACUGGUGGCCGCCCUCAUCGUGCUGGGCUACAUCUUCUUCUUCCGGGACAACGGCGGUGCCGCGCCGGACUUCCAGCAUGUCUUUCCCCUAGUAGGCGACGGGACCGGCGCCGGGGCUUCAACGCUCUCGCCCCCCGUGUUGGCCGACGACACGGGCGGCGUUACUCAAACCCAGCCAAUGGCCGGCAGUCUCGGGGAGGGCGUCGGCAGCGCGGCCGGCGGGAGCAGCGGUGGCUUGUCGGCUUCCGACGGCCUCGCCCAGCAACAGCAGCAGCAAGGGGGCUCGCCCUCAAUCCCUUCCGACCGACCCAUGGCUGUCAUCAUCGAGACCACCAUGAUCCCCAACCUGAUCCCCGUCAUGCUGCACUUCGCGUCAGUGCUCGGGCCAGCGUGGGGGAUGGUGCUGUUCACGCUCAAGGAGAACUGGGUGGAGCCGCUGUCGGCGCCGUUCCAGCGGCUGCAGGACGCGGGGCGCGUGGAGGUGCGGUUCCUGCCGACGGAGACGCAACUCACAAACUCGGGGUCCGUGUCGCGGUUCCUUACGUCGCCGUGGGUGUGGGAGCAGAUGUCCUCGGCGCGGCGCGUGCUGCUGUUCCAGAGCGACAGCAUCCUGUGCUCGCGGUCCGAGGCCCAGGCCGACGACUACUUCAAGUACGACCUGGUCGGGGCGCCGAUCGCCGAGCAGUACGGCCAGGGCUUCAACGGCGGGCUGAGCCUGCGCAACCCGCGGGCCUUCCUCAACAUCACGCGCUCCGUCGACUUCGCCGCGUCCGGCCACGAGUUCGAGGACCAGUACUUCUACACCGAGCUCAAGAAGGCCGGCGCCGAGCUGCCCACCGUCGAGGCCGCCAUGCCCUUCGCCGUCGAGACCAUGUACUACGAGACGCCGCUGGGAUACCACCAGCCGCAGAGGUGGCAGGCGGCCAAGAUGGCUAAUAUCGAGGAGUGGUGUCCCGAGGUCAAGAUGCUUAUUGGGCGGAGGGCGCAGUGA